AAAAAAGAACGAAAUCACGCGAUACUUUGAUUCACACGCGACUUCUGCAUUGCGAACAAGAUGGCUGCCCACAGAGCUGUGCUCUCGGUCUCUAAAGUUAUAAGUCCUCUCUGGGGUCGAAACCUAGCAAAUACGGUAAAGGUAUUUGGAACAACUUUGGCAAGUCACCGGAAUAAAUCAUUUUAUGCUAGAGACUUAAUUCCCCCUCCUGCCAAGUAUGGAGGCAGACACACUGUGACCCUCAUACCGGGGGACGGGAUCGGUCCAGAGCUUCUAAGUCAUGUCACAGAGGUUUUCAGGUAUAGCUGUGUUCCUGUAGACUUUGAGGUCGUGAACGUCAAUUCUGCGCUGGAGACCGAGGAUGAUAUCAACAAUGCCAUUACUGCGAUCCGCCGAAAUGGAGUCGCUCUUAAAGGUAACAUAGAAACCAAACAUACAAUGCCGCCAUCUGUGAAAUCCAGAAAUAAUCUGCUACGGACAAGCUUGGAUCUGUACGCCAACGUGAUGCACUGCCAGUCCCUCCCUGGAGUCCAAACUCGGCACAAGAACAUUGACAUCCUGAUCAUCAGGGAGAACACAGAAGGAGAAUACAGCAAUCUGGAGCACGAGAGCGCAUCAGGAGUAGUAGAGAGCCUGAAGAUCAUCACCAGGUACAAUUCCCUCAGGGUUGCAGAGUAUGCAUUUCAGCUGGCUCGGGAGAAAGGUCGGCGCAGGGUGACUGCAGUGCAUAAAGCCAACAUCAUGAAGCUUGGGGAUGGCUUGUUUCUUGAGUGCUGCAGGGAAGUUGCCUCCGGAUACCCAGAUAUCACUUUUGAUAGCAUGAUUGUGGACAACACCACCAUGCAGCUUGUGUCCAAACCCCAUCAGUUUGAUGUGAUGGUGAUGCCUAAUCUGUACGGGAACGUGGUCAGUAAUGUUUGUGCUGGCCUGGUGGGGGGGCCUGGACUUGUGCCUGGCGCCAAUUAUGGUCGGGACUAUGCAGUGUUUGAAACUGCUACGAGGAACACGGGGAAAAGUAUUGCUGGGAAGAACAUUGCUAACCCCACUGCUAUGCUGCUAGCUAGCUGCAUGAUGUUGGACCACCUCAAGCUUUAUAACUACGCUAACUUGAUAAGGAAUGCAGUCCUCACCACCAUGAAUGAAACCAGGUUGCACACAGCGGAUCUGGGGGGUCAGGGCACCACAUUAGAGGUUGUCCAGUCCAUCAUGAGGAAUAUCCAGAGUAAAGGCCAGCUCACUGCAGAGAUGUAAAACAGCUCUGUCCAUAUUGUUUGAACAAUAUGUUGUCGUCUGUGUGAAUCUGAGCAGGAUUGUGUACGCAGACAAAGGCUGCAAUAUGGUAAAAGGAUGUCCAAACAUUUCCGUUCAAAUUUCUGACCUGAUAUCAAUAAAAGUGUUCUAGUAUCACUCCUGUAGGAUAAUAAACUCUACUGUAACAAUAUUCUCUCCUAAA